AUGACAACAAAAAUAAUAACACAAACACAAGUACAGACACAAACACCAAUAAAACCACCAAGAUUAAUUGAUUUAAGUGUAUCAUGUUGUUCAUCAGAGAGUGAAUAUAAUAAAUCAUCAAAUGUUUUAUUGGAUGAUACAUAUAGAAUAUGGCAAACUAAAGAUAAAACAGGUAAAGCAUUUAUAGAUUUACAAUUUCCAACACCAAGUUUAAUUCAUCAAAUUGAUAUUACAAAUGCAGGAUCAGCAUUCAUAGAGGUAUUGGUUGGAUUAGUUACAUGGGAGCCAACAGAAUUCUUAGUAUUGGUACCAUUAACCAAUUUCAUGUCACUAAGUGAAACUACAAAUAAAACCAAUAGAAAUCGUAUGAAAUCAUUUAAUACUAGUAAUUUUUCAUCACAAACAGUACCAAGAAAAUGGGAAAGAGUUAGAAUUGUUUGUUCACAACCAUGGUUAGAUGAUAAUCUUGGUAUUUCAUUAGUUAAAAUUUAUGCACCACCUUCAAAAACAACACCAACACCAACACCAACACCAACAAUAACAACAACCAAAUUAUCAUCAUCGUCAUCAAAUAAUAAUAAUGUCACACCUCAAAUAAAAUCAGAGAAAUUGGGUGAUAUCUCCAAUGAAAUUGAUUUAACAGAUACAUCAGCUUCAAAUUUAAUGGAUACAAGUUUUGAAUCUGAACCAAACAUUCCAUUGAAAUCAGAUAAAACUCAAAUUUUAAACUUUAUUCCAGAGUUAAAGAGAUCAAAUUCUUCAACACCAAAGAAAUUAUCAAAAUCUGCAACUGUAAUGUUAUCAAAUCCAUUACCUGGUCAAGUUUUAGUUAUUAAUCAAAAAUCAAAAUCAAAAGGUGUAAAUAAAGAACCUGAAAAAGAAAUUGAAACUGAAGAAGAAGAUGAAGAAGAGAAAAUUGAAAUUAAGAAAAAAUUAGAUCAACAACAAAAAAAACAAUCAUCACAACAAUCAUCACAACAAUCAUCACAACAACAAAAACAAAAAUCAAAAUUAGUUGAACCAAAACAAAGUGAUGAAGAUGAUAGUAUGCAAGAUAUUAAAAUUGUUAAUAAUAAUAAUAAUAAUAAUAAUAAUAAUAACAAUAAAAAUGAAAAUCAAACUAAAUCAACUGAUAGAAAAUCAUUAGAAAAAUUAACAAAUACAAAUGAUGGUGAAACAGAUGAAGAAUGUGAUGAUUUACAAAUUAUUGCAACACCAAAACAACAACAAAAAUUAACACCAUUCGGUAAUUUAUUAAAAGGAGUAGUAUUAGUAAUUGGUGGUAUUCAAAAUCCACAAAGAGGUGAAAUUCGUGAAAAAGCAUUAGAGAUGGGAGCUGGAUAUAAACCAGAUUGGUGUAGAGAGGCAACUCAUCUAGUGACACCAUUUAGGGGUACAGAUAAAUUUAAAAUUGCACAAAAAUCAGGUGGUUCAAUAAUUAAACCAAAAUGGAUUGAAGAUUGUUAUAAAUUGAAAUCAAGAUUACCAAUUAAAAACUAUACAUUCCAAGAUGACCAUAGUGAUAGUGAUGGUCAACAAGAUGAUAUAGCAGAAAAGAUAGCAUCAGCUAAAAAAGCAAAGAAAACCAUUAGUACAGAUUCAACAAGUAAAAAAAGAAAAAAGAAAGGUGCACCAGGUUCAGAUGAUAGUGAUGAUGAUAGUCAUAUACCAAAUGUUUAUGAUUACAAUGAUGGUUUCAUUGAUAAUAGUUUCUCUUCAUCUGAAGCUUCCGAUGAUGAUAAAGAAAAAGAUCCUGAUCAUUUGGAUGAUCAUGUUCAUGAAAAUGUUGAUGAUCUCUUAAAUGAUGGUUUGGAUUAUUUAAAAAGAACUUAUGGUUAUAAACCUGAUAGAGAUUUAAUUCAACAUAAUCCAUAUCAUAAAAAACAAAAAAAUCAUCAUUCAUCUGAUAAUAAUAAUAAUAAUACUUAUAAAUCUUCACCUUCUUAUAAACCAAACAAAUAUUAUAAUGAAGAAUAUGAUUAUAAUAAUAAUAAUAAUAAUAAUAGUAAUAGUAGUAGUAGCGGUAGCAGUAAGAAUAAAACAAAUAAUAAUGAUAAUGAUGAUGAAUCCCAAUUAACAACAACAACAACAACAACAACAACGACAACAACAAAAAACAAAGAUAAAAAAGAAAAAGAAGAAAAGAUUUCAUAUAAACCAAAACAACAAAAACUUGACGAAUUUGAUGAUGAUUCAUUAUUUGAUAAUCAUGAUACAGUAUUAAUGACACCUGAACAAAUUAAAGAAGAAAUUGAUAGACUUGUAAAUAAUUAUAAUAAUGGCAAUGAUAAUGAAAAUAAUGAAAACAGCAAUAAUAAAAAUAAUAGUAAGAAUAAUAAUAAAUCAACAAUAAAUGGACCAACUUCUCCAAAUAAAUCAACAACUGACGAUUAUUUGGAAGGCAAUAGUAAAAAAUCAUCACUAUCACAACAAUCAUCACAAUCAACUACAAAUAAAAACCAAGUCAAAGAUUCUAUUAUUCCAGAAAAAUGUUCAACUCAAUUACCAAAGAAUAACCCACACGAUUUUAAGGGCAAAGAAUAUAUUUUAAAUCCACUUCCAUCAUUUUUUGAGGGAUUUGAAUUUUAUCUUAGCGUAAAAGAUGAAGCUUUAAGAAAGAAUAUUGUUCGUUUAAUUACAGCAUAUAAAGGUUCAAUUUCUUCAAUUCCAACAAAUUCAACCAAAUUUAUUAUCACUGAUAAAACUGUAUGGGAUCGUUUAUUUGAUAUUACAAAACAAAAAUAUCCAAAUGUUUUAUUUUUAAGUCCAUCCUUUAUAAUGCAAUCUCAUAAUUAUCAAAAACUUUCACCAAUUGAUAAACAUUUAAUUUUAAAAUCAAAAUAA